UAGCUAGUGUGAUCACUGCAAAACAUUUUUAUUUGGCAUCUUCUUAUUGAAAUCCUAAGGAAGUUCCAACGAAAAUGGGUAGAGGGAACCAGGCAUGUCAAGCUAAACAACACUUCAGCCAUCAACACAUCUUGACACCAAUUGUCAAUCCACCUGAAACACUCACUUGCAAUGCUUGUGCACAACCGAACAUUACUAAUAAUCCUAACUUCUAUGGCUGCGAUAGCUGCCAAUAUUUCCUCCAUGAAAACUGCCUCAGCGCUCCGCGUUUUCUCAAUCAUUCUUCUCACCCUUCCCACCACUUGACCCUUCUCCCAACUCCAACUUACUCGAAUGGUUCGUACACUUGCAAGGCUUGUGGCUCUGCUGGCAAUGGAUGUAGCUUUAGCUGUCCCUGUUGCGACUUCGAUAUCCACAUGCAAUGUGCCCUCUUACCCCAAACUCUUGUCCUUCCCCAGCAUCAUCGGCAUGAACUUGAACUCAUUUUUGAAUCCCCUUUUGAUGAUGAAAACACCCUAUUCGUUUGUGAUCUCUGUAACGGCAAUGUAGAUCUUAACAAAUGGUUGUAUUAUUGUGCUGAUUGUGAUUUUGGUGCACAUAUUGAAUGUGGCAUUUCCAAAUCUGUCAGCCAACAAGUGCCGAAACUGCCAGACAACAAACCAAAAGCAAAUCCAGUGAUAAUCACCGAAACAGAGAAGGGGCCAAUCAAGAUGCCGGAUACCAAUCAAGAAAAGGCAAGCAGAGGUGUGGGUGUGGCGAAUGAAGUUAAAAUAUUGAAGCAUUUUAGCCACUCCCAUGCCUUGGAACUCUGUGAAGUUCAUGAAACAAAUGAAAUAAUCUGCUCAGGUUGUGAGGAUACACUUGGUGGCACUGCUUACAAAUGCACAAAACCCAAUUGUGAAUUUACCCUUCACAAAUCAUGCGUCGAAUUGCCAAGAAAAUUACAACACAAUGCCCAUCCUAAGCAUUCUCUUACUCUGUACCCUACAUUACCCCAACGAGACUCGUUUUAUUUUGGUUGCAAUGCUUGUGGCGAAGAACCAAAAUGCUUUGCCUACGAAUGCCUCGAUUGCAACUUUAGUCUCCAUGCUAAAUGUGCUACCUCUUUAGCUGAAAAUGUGACUCGUGAGGAUCAUCAACACCCUCUUGCACUCCAAUAUCAAUGGCCGUUUCCCAUUGACGAUUAUGUGCGUAUCUUUUGCGAGGUUUGUAAUGGACUUUGCAAUGAUGCCAAUUGGCUUUAUUAUUGUGCCCAGUGUAAAUUAGGCACGCACGUGCAAUGCGCCAUGGUUAAAAAAGAAGAUGGUUCCAGCCUUCAGAACGAAGAAGAAGAAGAGGAGGAGGAGGGAGAGAUGACUGAUCAGCAGAGAUUGUUGAUGCUAACGAUCAAAGCUCAAGAUCAACAGGCAAGGCUUAAUUUUCAAACUCAAAUGGCGUAUAUGAACGCUAAAACUAUGGCCAAUAUGUUUCGUAGCACUCAUCAUUAUUAUUAAUGGUUUCCUUUUCUUCGUUGGAACGCAAAAUAAAAACUCAUUUCUCACUGGACGUACUCACCUUGCAAGGGAGAAGAGAGUUGAUUUCUUUCGGAUCUCUGUUAUUUGAUUUGUAAUGUUGAGUGUUUCAAACGACUUGUAUGCAGCUUGAGUAUUCUACUGGAUACUUGUUUUAUUUGACUUCUGUAUCUGUCUUUGUGAUCAAUAAAAUAAAUCUCUUUUUUGUUUC